UGUGUGUGUCUCUCUCUCUCACACACACAUACACUUAAAACAGCAUCGAUUUUUAAAAAUGAAACACACAGUAGUGCACUUUCUCUCUCACGCACAGAGACAAUCACAAGAAUCCGACGACAGAAUAUUUGAAUGCAGAAGAAAACGCAGAGAAGAUUAAAUCUCCAUCUUCUCUCAUUUUCUCUUCAGCUCUAUAAAAACGAGAAAAUCUCAAAAAUAUCUCAGGAUCAAUCAAUCGAUUGCACCUGCCAUAGUCUUCCACGGCGUUUACGCGAAAUCACCGGCCGUCGAUUCGACGCCGGGAGAUGGCCACUUCGCUUCCAGACACAUUCACUCCUCCUCGAUUCCUGAUUUACUUCCGCUAUCGCAUUGCCUGCGGACCUACCUGAGGAUCCUCCCUGAUUCGAUUGAGGAUUCUUCAAUUUUUUAGUCGGAAAUGGCGAUGAAGGGCGGUUGGUGGCUGGAGAAAUUAACGAGGGCGGCUCGGACGGCGUAUUUCGUGGUGGUGAUGGUGGCGUCUCUUCUGGCGGUGUCUCUGCCGCUGGUGGUGUCCGUUUGCGAUGCCGUUCUGCCUUGUUUGCUGAUUCCGAGCUUCACGUGCAUCGGAUGUGUUGGUUUGAAGGAGCAUUUGCGAAGAUAUGCAUUUAGGAGUUCGCUUGUGGAUAUUCCUGUUGUUUCCAUCGUCAGAUCUCUCAUCAUCGUGUGUGCAUAUUCCAUUUGCGAUUUACAGGGAUUGUCGCACGGGUCCUAUCUAGGCACUGUAACAUUUACUUCGCUAAUUUCGAUACUUCUUCUUUCCUUCAAGGCCUGUGUUUUCACUAUCAAUUCUCAAUUUGAGCAAGAAUCUUCAACCUAUCUUUCAAGAAAGAGGCUCCAUCUGAAGAAGUCCUGGGGAAUGCCCGUCUUAUUUCUCUCUUCUGUAGUAUUUGCUCUGGGACACAUUGUUGUUGCCUAUCAUACAAGCUGCAAAGCUAGGAGGAAGCUUAUGUUCCACCGUGGUGAUCUAGAAGCAGUCCUUUCUUGCAAAAUGGUUUUCUCCACAUAUCAGAAGGUCCCGCGCUCUCCCACACCAUCCGCUGUGAAAUCUUUCAGAAGUGAUGUUGAAACAAAAAGAAAAGCACCAGCGUCGGUUCGUGAUAAGGGGCAACUUCCAGUUAGUGUACUUGCUGACGUAGACAGCCUAUUCGUUUAUUGUCGAGGGUUGAUUGUUCAUUACAAGCUAAGCCGGCCAGCAUCACCUUCCCGUUCCUUGUCCUCGGCAACCUCUUUUCAAUUUCCUUCGCUUAGUACACCACUAAAAAACCAUCUUAAUUUUCAAAGGAGUGCCAGCAAUACAUUUCAUACCAGUAACUCUGCUCUCUAUACACCUCUGCUGGCUAGCUCUCCAACUUCCCCAACAUCUGAAAAUGUGCCUAUUUUGUGCUUAAAUGAAAAUUCCGCGGAGGACCUGAGCAUACUGGGUUCUCCACAAAUGGAACAAGACAUAACAACAAAUGACCAAUUUGGCAUUGUUUUGGUUCAUGGGUUUGGAGGAGGAGUUUUCUCAUGGAGAAAGGUAAUAGGCCCUCUUGCCAGGAAUAUUGGUUGUGCAGUAGCUGCUUUUGACAGACCUGGAUGGGGCUUGACAUCAAGGCCACAGAAAAAGGACUGGGUGGAAAAUCCAUUAACCAAUCCUUUCAAGAUUGACAAUCAGGCUCACCUGCUUAUCUCUUUUUGCUUGGAAAUGGGGUUCUCCUCAGUCGUGAUUGUCGGACAUGAUGAUGGAGGACUUCUUGCAUUGAAGGCUGCACAAAAGGUUCAGUCGGAUAAUUCCUUGAAGCUUGAUAUAAAGGGGGUCGUGCUAGUAAAUGCAAGCCUGUCGAGAGAACUGGUUCCAGCCUUUGCCAGAAUACUUCUACGCACUUCACUUGGAAAAAAACACUUGGUGCGGCCUCUUCUUCGAACAGAAAUUACUCAAGUGGUGAAUCGACGUGCUUGGUAUGACGAAGCCAAGUUAACAUCUGAAGUUUUGAGUCUUUACAAGGCUCCAUUGCACGUAGAAGGUUGGGACGAGGCACUUCAUGAAAUGGGGAAACUAUCAAAUGAAACAGUCUUAUCCCCAAAUGAAAGCGCUUUGUUGCUGAAAGGUGUUGAAAAUUUUCCAGUCUUAGUUAUAGCUGGUGCAGAAGACGCACUUGUCCCACUAAAAUCUGCUCAAACUAUGGCUUCCAAACUUGUAAAUUCUAGACUGGUUGCAAUAUCUGGUUGUGGCCACCUUCCACACGAGGAAUGCCCCAAGGCGCUGCUAGCGGCAAUCUCACCCUUCGUUUCUAGGCUUCUAGUCAGAGUAGAGUUGGAUAGCAGCAAGUAAGGUUGAUUGCUUUAGUUAGUACAGUAUAUUAUUUCCCUUGUAAAUUAUUCCCUCAUGAGGAUAUAUUAUAUCAAUUUGAUCUCUCCUUUUGAGUUA